CAGCAGUAAAGGAGAUAUUCUGCGUGCGCUGAGCGUCUGCUAUCUGUCAGUGAGCCAGCGAGCGCCCCGGACUUUCAGUGUGUAUGAGCCGCUCUCGGCUUUACUGAGAGGAGGAGAGAGGGAGGAGGAGGAGGAGGAGGAGGAGGAGAGAAAGGGGGAACGCCUGACUCCGGUCUUGCUCGCUGUGGGCUUAGAGGAAAAGGAUCAUUUUUUCAUCUCUCUCUCUCUCUACUGGUACGAAGGCAGCAAACAGCCAAUGUGACGCAACUAUAGGAACUAUACAACAACUGCCCUGCUCCUGCUGGGGGACUCUGGCACUGUUAACUUCCACCAUGGCAUAGCCUGCUCUUCUCCCAGGGAGACUAACCCUCUAAGGGAACAGACAUGCUCUACCACAGACACUACCAGGGAUCUAUGCUGCCGUCUCGUCCUGUUCAUCAGUGAUUUACGUUGGAGGAACCAUGGUGAGCAAGGCAGAGGGUGGUAAAUGCAUGCUCACCAACUCCGAGUCGGACUCCGAGGCGGCGCCCCCCCCCUCCCCGUCCGCCUCGCUGGCCCUGGAGGUCAAAUACUCCUUCCUGGACACCAGCAGCAGGUCACAGCAGCAGGUAAGGAAGAGGAACAAGGCCCUCCAGGUGAGGUUCAAGGACAUCUGUGAUGCGCAGAAGGAGCAGAGAGAGGCCGCUCUACAGACGGCUGGGAAGGGGGGCAAGCCUGUCUCCUACAAGGUGGCAUACCGCAAGUACAUGACGGUGCCCGCCCGGCGUUCUAUCCCCAACGUCACCAAGAGCACGGGCGUCCAGACCUCCCCGGACCCCAAGGGCCGUUACAAGACGUUCCCCUUGGAGAGGAAGAAGCGUUCCAGCCACACCGUUAAGCAUGUGGCGGUGGUGGAGAGCCGCCAGGGACACAACAACAGCUCGGUCCUCCACGUCAAGCACCCGAAAGCUGUGGAGGGUUCAGGGGACGGGGACGGGGAGGAGGGCGCCUGCGGUGGAGGGGGAGUGCAGAGUACCAGGGCCCUGUUACAUACUACAGAGUGCAAGGCUACGGUGGAGCAGCACUGUUCGGACGGACCAGAUGGCGUGCUCUACUCCGACUCUCUGAUGCUCACAGAGUGCCUCCCUACCUCCAACCCACGGGCCACGGACUACCAGAUCUGCAGCGUCAAAUCCAAACCCCGGAAAGGAUUGGAACACAGGGAACUGGACUCCUCGGACAGUUGCUCGGACCGUUCGGCCAGUAAACGGCAGCUGCUCAACUUCCAGGAGGAGCCAGGCUCUAGCAGGACUCUGCCUGGGGACAGGAGGGGGUCCUCCCCAGCCUCUAAGGUGACCGGCCCCAUCGCCUGGAACUCUCUGACCCAGGUGGAGUGCCUGGAGAGCCCGACAGCACGGAGCAAACGAAAGAAGGGGCUACCGCUCAACGGACUACAGUCUCAGACUCUACCGCGGGCUGCUGGGUGGACUACCCAGGCACAGUGCCAUGAACCAGCACCGUUCUCACCACAGACGCUGUCACCCCGGACCAUGGGGGAGACGGUGGGCUGUGGGGGCAGCAGGGUUGAACCAGCGACUGUAGCGACUGCCGGGGGAGUUAACCCCGGGGAGGCCUGUAAGCAGAUAGUACCGGUAGCGACUCAGGGAGGGGGUGGAGGUGGGGAUGUGAAAGCACAGCUCCAGGCCAUGGAGAACCUGGCGACUCAUGGAGGGGGUGGAGGUGGGGAUGUGAAAGCACAGCUCCAGGCCAUGGAGAACCUGAUCUCCUCCAGCCAGGAGACCAUCAAGGUGCUACUGGGAGUCAUCCAGGAGCUGGAGAAGGGAGAGGCCCACAGAGAGGGCCUCUCCUAUCGAACCGGACAGGACACGGCCAACUGUGACACGUGUCGGAACAGCGCAUGCAUAAUUUACAGGUGAGUGGAACCUCUUAAA